GUCAACACUAACAGCUGUUUACUUUUUGCCUGCGUUGAUUUUUUAAGUUUUUCAUUGUAAUUUCACAAUUCUUAUGAAUUAACCAACUAAUUGAGUGAAAAAUGGAGAAAUUUGUGCGGGACACGCUGUCCAAAUGUCUGGAUUGUGUUGUCACGGAUCAGAUGAUGUCAGCCAUACUGAACAUCAAAGAUGACUAUGAAUUCGAUAGUUAUUUUGGCAACUUACUGAGCGAGGACAACGAGGAGCAUCGCAUGUUUCUGCUCAAUUGCCGCCGCAUGUUAUUGAGUGGCAAACAGCCGCGCAAUAAUGCCAAAAGUCGCACGCCCACCAAACAGCUGCCGCCCACAUCGCCGCCCAAGGGUAACCAAGCAAAUCAGGGUCAGGGAGCCAAGGGAAAGUCCGGAAAGUAUGUGAAUCUAUAUGCAAGCGAUGGACGCGUGCAGGGAGACACCAUAUUACUAAAAGGCCGGCGGCACUGCGACUGCCAGGCGGCGCAGCACAAGCUGAUCAACAAUUGUCUCGGCUGCGGCAGGAUCGUCUGCGAACAGGAGGGCAGUGGUCCUUGUUUAUGCUGCGGCGAUCCCGUCCACACGACCGAGGAGGAGCAGCAGAUGGCCAAGGCGGCCAGGGAGAAGUCGGGCACGAAAGCAGCUCCCAAACAGGGCAAGAAGUCCUCCAAAGAAGCCGCCAAAGAAUCCAGCUCCAAGGAGGCAUUGGACAAGGCACUGGCCCAAAGGGAUCGCCUGCUGGAGUACGACAAAAACAGCGAGAAGCGGACCACGGUCAUCGACGAUGAGCUCGACUAUUUCCAGGAAAACUCCGUAUGGCUAAGCGAGGUGGAGCGCGAAAAGUUUGAGAAGCUGAAGAGCGACAUGCAGGAGAUGAAGCAUGGCAGCCGCUUGAAGCGCAAGAUCCGCGUGGACUUUGCUGGCCGGGAAUUGCCGGAGGAGCCGACCGUCUCCAAGGAGUACGAGCAGCAGGUGAUCAGCGAACUGGCGGCUGUUACCAAAGCCUCGGGUGGCGCCUCCAACUGGAAUGCUAACUCGAUCACAGGACACUCGGCCAUGUCACUCGCACCCAACUUGGACAUGGCCAAGCCGCCUGUCUACAAGCCCAGCAAGGAGGCCAAAGGUUGGCCAGCUCCGGCAGCGGCGAGUGAUGGCCUGGAGAGGAUCUACAAUCGGGUGCAGGACAAGGAGCUGCUCGAAAUGCAGGACAUGCGACAGUGCCUCUCAAUGCACCAACCUUGGGCUUCACUGCUUGUGGCGGGCAUUAAAAAACACGAGGGACGAGUGUGGUACAGUGAACACCGUGGUAGACUGUGGAUCGCCUCCACCUCCAAGGAGCCACAUGCCGACGACAUUGCCCAGAUGGAGGGCUUUUACAAGAUGCUCUACGGCGAUCCCGACAUCAAGUUCCCCAGUCAUUAUCCCACUAGCAGUCUGCUGGGAUGCGUCCAUGUGGACAGUUGCCUGCCGCAGGAGGAGUACAGGGAGGCGUUUCCGGAUGGCGAAUCGGAGAGUCCCUACGUUUUUGUCUGCACCAAGCCAGAGCAGCUGAAUAUACUACUGCCCGUUCAGGGUGAUCACAAAAUAUACGAACUGCCACUAAAAACCCACACGGCCGCUUGCAAAACACUGCUUAGAGCCAGGGCCAACAAGGGUUAAGGAUUUGGGGCUUUUGAAAGAACAUUUGCAUAUAAAUUCCGGUAAUAAAAUUAGGCGAAAUUCAAAAUGCUUGGAGUCUUAAUAAAAUAUUAAUUUGGAUUUAAAA